GAUUUUGUGGAUCGUGGGUCUUUUUCAGUGGAGUGCAUUCUCCUGCUGAUUUCCUACAAUUUGUUAUUCCCGAACAGUUUUUUCCUGAACAGAGGUUGAUGGACUGACUGAGUGCAGGCAACCACGAGACAGUGACAAUGAAUCAAAUGUACGGAUUCGAAGGGGAGGUUAAGCACAAAUAUAACUCCGAUUUGAUGAUGAGUUUUACUAAUCUGUUCAACAACCUCCCAUUGGCCUACCUCAUCGACCAACAGGUAUUCGUAGUCCAUGGAGGACUGUCUUCCACUGACACGACGAUUGAGGAUAUUAAAAACAUAAAACGUGUCUGUCAGCCCCCUGAUCAAGUGAUGUCUGAUCUUCUGUGGUCUGACCCCCAGGUGUGUGAGGGGGUGGGGGAAAGCAAGCGAGGGGUGGGGAUUCAGUUCGGUCCUGAUGUUACUAAACGGUUUCUGGAGACCAAUCAGUUGCGGUACAUUAUUCGGAGUCACGAGGUGAAGGAGAAGGGGUACGACAUCGAGCACGACUCUGCGUGUAUUACAAUAUUUUCUGCCCCGAACUAUUGGUUUGUAGGUCUGGUAAUGUUAGUGACUCUGUGGGCAAUUUGGGGGCGUAUAUUACACUCACACACGAUGAUCUCAGUCCUAAGUUUUCUACUUUCUCUGCUGUGGUGGGAGUAGUUUGAUUAUGUUGAUAGCCUCACCCCAAUG